AUGGACAAGGGCAAGAAAAAUCGCAGUCGUAGCCUCCAUGGGCGCAAAUUUGUGUUCGAUUGGGAUGUCGGCGAAGACACGAGUCGCGAUCAAAACAAACAUGAGGUCCAAUUUUUCGGGCGCGGUUUGACUGCUGGGGUGGACGUGAAUGCUCAGAAGAAAUCGAGAUCCACGUUCUACAAGGAUGAGAAGCGGCGGACUGAGAAGGAGACGGAAAAAGGAGACAGGCUAGCACAUGAACUGAAUAAGCAGAGACGUUGCGAUGAGCGCCAUUGGAGGGACAAGCCACUCAAUGAAAUGACGGAACGGGAUUGGCGUAUUUUCCGUGAGGAUUUUAAUAUUACUAUCAAGGGUGGGCCGGUCCCGAAACCUCUCCGAAGCUGGGAUGAAGCCGGAAUUCCGAACGAGAUCUACAAGGCCAUCCUGAAGGUUGGUUACAAAGACCCGACGCCAAUCCAACGACAGGCCAUCCCCAUCGGCCUGCAGAACCGUGAUAUCAUCGGGGUAGCCGAGACGGGUUCGGGCAAAACGUGUGCUUUCCUGAUACCUCUUUUGUCGUGGAUCACAUCUUUGCCUAAAAUGGAACGCCAAGAAGACAAAGAUGAAGGGCCUUACGCGAUCAUCCUCGCUCCAACCCGUGAAUUGGCACAGCAGAUUGAAGUGGAAACGAAGAAAGUUGGAGAGCUACUCGAUAUCAACACUUUGGCCAUUAUUGGAGGCGCCAGCAAGGAAGAUCAAGGAAUGAAACUGCGAAUGGGAGUGGAGGUGGUGAUCGCGACACCCGGACGUCUGCUUGAUGUGCUGGAGAAUCGAUAUUUAAUGCUGAAUCAAUGUUCGUAUGUGAUUCUCGAUGAGGCAGAUCGCAUGUUGGACCUGGGUUUUGAAGCGGAUGUCAAGAAGAUUUUGGAAUACUUGCCAAUGUCGAAUAUGAAGCCGGACACUGAUGACACAGAGAAUGAAGAAAUUUUGAUGAAGAACUUUCAAUCAAGGGAGAAGUAUCGUCAGACAGUCAUGUUCACCGCUACGAUGUCUCCAGCCAUUGAACGCCUAGCGCGCUUAUUUGAGACGACCAGCUGUUGUACAUAUUGGUUCUAUAGGACGCCCGGC